AUGGGAGCAGACAGACAGGGUACCAGACAGACAUGGAAGCAGGGAGGCAGGCACACGGGAAAGCAGACAGACAGGGAAGUUCACAGACAGAGAAGCAGGCAGACAGGGGAGCAGGUAUAUAGGGAACCAGACAGGCAGGGAGCAGACAGACAAGGAAGCAGGCAGAUAGGGAAGCAGACAGACGGGGAACUAAACAGGCAGGUAACCAGACAGACAGGGGAGCAGGCAGAUAGGGAAGCAGGCAGACGGGGAAGCAGGCAGACAGGGAACCAGACACACAGGGAAGCAGGAAGACAGGGGAGCAGACAGACAGGGAAGCAGGAAGACAGGAAAUUAGCCAGGCAGGAAAAGUAG